AUGGCUGGUAAUUUAAACCUAUACGAUUUCAAUGGUUCUGUGAGACGAAAUAAAUUACAGGACGCUAUAUUCUCGGAUAUGUACUUAGUUGCUUUGUAUUCCAAUUUUCAUUGUCUGCUCUCUAAAAUUUAUUUUAAUUCCAGACGAAAAUCAGCUGCCUUGAAAAUACAAUCAGCUUAUCGAGGUUAUCGUAUAAGAAAACAGUUUCGCAAUUAUUUGCGAUGCUGUUUUGAUGAUGUAGGCUCAGUACAAAGCGUCUGUUCUUUGCAAACGCAAAUUUCUCGUCUGGCCUUUUUUUUCAGAACUGAUGUCGACUGUCAGCGAACUAUAACGAUGUGCAGUAUAGCUGUUGCUCUGGCACAAACCGCAAACGCAAAAGACUUAUUGGAGCGAAGAAGGCGACAACAGCUUUUGCGUUGUGCAGUUUUGGCACUUGAAUGCAUCGACGAAACUAAAUUGCAUGCACCUCUAUUGCGGUUUUUUGAAAUUUAUAUUGACGAGGAAGAUGGCCAAAUACUGUUAAGUAGUGGUUUUUUUUCAUCUGUGCUUUCUCGGCUCUCAAAGUGUCAUCGCCUUCAAUCACCUUUAUGUGUGGAAGAAAAACUGCCACAACGUACUGAGUCUCUUUUGGAAAUACUAGUCUUACCUAUACAUAUAUUUUCUAAAAAAUCGAGUUUUUUUUUGGCAUUAUUUGAUGCUCUUUGCCAAUCAAAGUUCGAAGCAAUGACAGUAUGUUGUGUUGUACCAUUUUUAGCUAGAUCAUGUAAGACUGGAGGUUUCAAUUCUAACGAUGUAGCAGACGCAUUUCUAUGUGGUGAUUGCCAUGUAUCAUCACAUAUCAAUGCUUCGCCACUUUUAACUGCAUACUGUGUGAUUAUCGUUCUUUCUGCAUUUCCUGUAGACAAACUGAAUACUACUGAAAAGAUGAAAUUGACAAAGACAUAUGCUGCACUUGUACAAAAAAUUGCCCUUUCUUCCGAUACAGUACUAAGAAGAAGACAGUCAAGAGAAGAUCAGUUUUCAGACUCAGAUGAUGAAACGACAGAUACCGUUAUGACUAUGACACCUAUUGUUGAACCUGCUAUUUUGACUACAGAGUUCUAUUUAAAAGUUCUGAUAUCGAAUUUGAAAGUUUUGCUGUCAAAUGAAUCGUUUAUAAGUGCUCUAGUGAAUGAUGGGAAUGGCACUGCUUCAUUUUGCUCACUGACUUAUUUCAUACGAAGUCAUUCUUUUUCUGAUUAUGCCAUUUUAAUGAAUUUGUUUUCAUCAUUCCGGGAGUUGUUUCCGUGUUUGUGGCUGCAUAUUAUGUCCCUGGAAACUAAUCCAUUAUAUGGUGCCGCACAGUUACUAGUCUCUUUACUAGAACGGGGAGAAAGCACACUGCAGUUUGAUGAACAGCGUUUGCUACCUCCUCUAUCGAUGUUUCUGACAUUGAUGACCAAUUCACUGAAGACAGUGGAUGACGAUGAUUUUCAAAGUGGAGGUACUGGCGAUGCAGCUUUCCCAUUUACAUUAAAGGAAACUGCUAAUGUCGUCAUACAUUGUCGAGAUCUAACUCUAGGUCUGAUUGACCUCGCUUUCCCUGUGAAAACCAGACUUUUCCAGCAUCAACAGUGUUCUGUAAGAAGCUCGAAAUGGUCUGAUUUAUUUGAGAAUGUUACCGGGCUCACAAGAGCAUUAUAUGAACGUGAUAGUCGUGUUCACUUUAUGCCUUCCAAUUUUUGGUCUAGCCAUAAUCGAACUGUUGUGAUCAGUUCUUUAUUUUGGCGUGCUGGAAAUGGGCGUCGACUUCGCACCAGGCGUCCAUUUGAAUUUGUACGUUUUUUAUUGCGUAGCAGAGAUACAGAUGCGAGCCAAGAUCCACCUACUGCUGAGGAAUUGCGUAAUGUCUUUAUUGUUCGCAAUAUUCCUUUUGUUAUUCCCUUCAUGCAGCGAAUUGAGAUUUUCACAGAGCUGCUUCAUCGAGACCGUAUGCAACAUGAUAAUGGACAAAGUGGUCAUGUUAUUCUUGCAAGAAGGGCAACCUUGUAUGAAGAUGCUUUUAGAGCUUUACAGCCUCACAUCGUUUCGGAUAUGAAAUCAACUAUUCGCGUACAAAUGGUGAAUUGGGCAGGUUUGGAGGAAGCAGGAAUUGACGGUGGUGGUAUUUUCAGAGAGUUUCUUUUCGAGCUUGUUCAAACUGCUCUCGAUCCAUGUCGUGGUUUUUUCUCUGCAACUCAUGAACAACUGUUGUAUCCGAACCCGCUAGCACCUUUUCUUUAUCCAAACAAUUUUAUGGAUCACUUCUAUUUUCUUGGACGAAUCAUUGCAAAGCUGAUUUACGAAGGUUUGUUGAUUGAUAUUCGUUUUGCGGAUUUCUUCUUGUUGCAGUGGGUAAGAAAUCCAGAUGAUAUUGUGCUUGAUUUGGAAUCAAUGAAGUCCUAUGAUCCUCUUUUGCACAGAAAUUUGAAUUUUUUGAAGCGUUGUUCACCAGAAGAAAUAGAUUCUCUUGAUCUGGAGUUUACUGUACUCAAUGAUAAUUUUGGUGUAAUGGAGAAAGUGGAAUUGAAGACAGGAGGUAGCUUCAUUAAAGUGACGGUAGAUAAUAGAAUGGAAUAUAUCCAGUUAUACGUUAAUUACUAUCUCUCCAAGCGGCUUUCUCCAAUGAUUUCUGCACUUCGAAAUGGUUUAAGGAAUGUCAUAGAUCCACAAUGGUUGCAAAUGUUUUCUCCGCAUGAACUUUCAAUGUUGAUUGGUGGUAUUGAUUCACAGAUCGAUUUCACUGAAUUAAAAAAAUUUACAACUGUACACAACAUAAAGUGUAGGAAUCAUCACUUUUCUUUUAUUUACUGCUCAGAACAUGAUCAGUUAUACAUUGAGCAGUUCUGGAAAGUCAUCAACGGAUUUUCAGCUGGAAAUAAGAAGAAGUUACUGAAAUUCAUCACAGGUUGUCCACGACCACCCAUAAUGGGUUUCAAAACUUUAACACCUCCAAUGGGUAUCCAACUUGUUCAUGACGUCGACAAAUUGCCGACAGCUGCAACCUGCAUGAAUUUGUUGAAAUUACCACUAUACAAAGAUGCAGAAACGUUGCAUCAAAAACUGAUUUAUGCAGUAAAUUGUGGAGCAGGUUUUGAACUCACUUAA